AUGUCCACUGUCCGCUGGAAAAAGCUCCUUUACCUCCGACAACCUUAUCCAGACAACUACACAGACACUUCGUUUCUCGAUCAGCUCCGGCGAAACACCACUGUGGCUAAAUACUCAUAUCUGAAACUCGUGCAUGACUUCACUCUAGUGGCCUUUUACGGCCUGUUACUUUUACUAGUGAACGUCAACUUCUCUGCAAUCUACAUGAAGCUAUGGAGCGCCCAUGUUCCAACAUGUCUAUCAUCGUUUAUAACAACCCUACUUGUGUGUUUGGAUUCUCCAUAUAACACAAGGAAACGUCCGUUUAUGCUGUACAUGCUCAUAUGUAUGCUUCUACUUGUGUUUUCGCCAGUGCUACGGUCUCUCACGCAAUCCACAUCCCUGGACUCGAUCUGGGCUCUUCUGCUGAUCUUGACGUGUCUUACGGCAGCAUUUCACGACUACACUUUGGACUUGGAUGCAACCUACCGAAACAUCAUGUCAACCAAUAUGUCCUUUGCCAAUCUGAUUGUGUUGGCUUCGCGACUCCCAUCGUCAAUGAGUGUUUUUUCUUUUUUAGUUUUUUCGAUUGAAGUCACCGUGUUCAUUCCCCUCAUCGACUUUCAUUUGCGUAAGAGGCUGCACUCAGCUCACUUCGUCGCCCUUGUAAUGGUGUUUUGCACUGUGGCAUGGGUAAUAUACCGUGUGCACGGUUUACUAUUCCUAGGCCUUUACGCUGCUGGAAUAUUUUUAAUUCUGGUUUGUUUACCGAUGUAUUUCAUUUUCUUACAGCGGUACAAAAAUGAGCUUCAGGGCCCUUGGGACACGGCUAAACCUGUGCUCAAAUCAAUUUCGUAA